AUGCCCCUCUGGCUCUUCACCCACAGUGCUGGCGCUUUCUCUGCUGAAGAGAAAGAGGAGCUCGCAAAGAAAAUCACACGACUUUACACCAAGAUCGGCCUUCCUGCCUUCUACGUCAAUACCCAAUUCUUCGAAAGGGGACCAUUCGACAUCUUUUGUGGUGAAGAGAGCCCCAAAAAGUUCACCACCAUCUCCAUCUACCACGUCGCCCGCGCUUUCCAAAAUGAGGCUCAGCGAGACAAGUUUCUCGAAAAGGUCGACGGCAUCCUCAACCCCAUGCUGAAGCCAAAGGGCAUGAGCUGGGAGUACUUCAUCCAGGAAUCUCCACGCGAGUACUGGAAGAUCAACGGCAUAAUCCCACCACCGACUGGAUCUGAGAUGGAGAAGAAGUGGCUUGCGGCCAAUAAACCCAUCGAAGAGGAUUCGGCAGUGCGUUCGAAGCUCUAA